UCCUCUUUAAAAAGUCCACAAACAAUUGCAUCUGAUCAGCUCUACAUUCCCAAUCCUCUCUACUCUUCACCCAAACCAUGGCUAGCGACCUCCAAUCGUACGCCAUCCUCUUCCUCAUCUGGCUCAUCUCCACUGUCCUUGUCCGGACCAUCUUCUCCAAUUUCCGAACCACGGCCCGCCACCAACCGCCGGGCCCAAUAGCUCUCCCGAUCAUUGGACACCUCCACCUCAUCGCUCCCAUCCCUCACCAAGCUUUCCACAAGCUCUCCAAGCGCUACGGCCCGUUGAUGUACCUCCGCCUCGGCUCAGUCCCCGCUGUCGUCGUAUCCAACGCUGACACCGCGAGAGAAAUCCUCAAAACCCACGAGACCGCUUUCGCAUCCCGACCUCAAUCCUCAGCCGUCCGCUACCUCACCUACGGUUCCUCUGACUUCUCCUUCGCUCCCUACGGCCCUUACUGGAAGUUCAUGAAGAAGAUCUGCAUGUCUGAGCUUCUAGGCGGGCGCACGCUCGAUCAGCUCCAGCCCAUCCGCCACGAAGAGAUCCGGCGAUUCUUGCGACUGAUACAUAAGAAAUCCAACGGCGGAGAAGUAGUCAACGUUGGCAAAGAUCUCAUAACGAUGACGAACAACAUAAUAUCGAGGAUGACGAUGAGCCGGAUAUGUUCAGACACAGAAGGGGAUGCAGAGGAAGUGAGGAAGUUGGUGAAUGAGGUGGUCGUGCUGACCGGCACGUUCAACGUAUCGGAUUAUAUCGGGUUGUGUCGGAACUUGGAUUUGCAGGGGCUGAAGAAGAGGUUCGAGGACGUACACCGGAGAUUCGAUGCGAUGAUGGAGAGGAUCAUCAAAGAGCAUGUAGAAGGGAGGAAGAUGAAGAUGGAGAGAGGCGAUGGUGUGAAGGAUAUUCUCGAUCUUUUGCUCGAGAUAUCGGAAGACGAGAGCGCCGAGAUGAAACUGACGAUGGAGAACAUCAAAGCCUUUAUCCUGGAUAUCUUUGCAGCAGGAACCGCUACAUCUGCAGUCACAACGGAAUGGGCGUUGGCGGAACUCAUCAACCAUCCUGACAUUUUCAAGAAAGCAAGGGCAGAGAUUGAUUCAAUAGUCGGAAUAAAUAGAUUGGUAGAAGAAUCCGAUGUCCUAAAUCUUCCAUACCUCCAAGCAAUUGUCAAAGAAACACUCCGACUACACCCAAGCCCAGUGAUUCUAAGAGAAUGCACCAAAGAUAGCAAGAUCGGAGGCUACGAUAUACCAGCUAACACCCAAGUGUUCAUCAAUGUGUGGGCCAUGGGAAGGGACCCUGAGCAUUGGGUGGACCCACUUGAAUUCCGUCCCGAGAGAUUCAUGUCGUCCGAUGAGAGCGACAGCAGUCACCACGUGGACCUUAGAGGGCAGCAUUUCCAUUUUUUGCCAUUCGGAAGCGGACGGAGAAGUUGCCCGGGCACUUCUCUAGCAUUGCAGGUUGUCCAAACGACGCUCGCUUCCAUAAUUCAAUGCUUCGAUUGGACAGUUGAGAUCAACGGAAAGAGUGCAACUGUCGAUAUGACGGAGGCCCCAGGAAUAACACUCCCUAGGGCACAUCCCUUGGUGUGUCUCCCCGUUGCCCGUGCAAAUCCCAUACCUUUAAAUUGACUUAUGAAACACUCUUUCAAGUUUGUGAUGACCACAACUGUGUGGAACCACCGCACAUGCCAACAUGGGACACGUGUAUGAGAUCCACGGUUCCCAUCAGGUGGGCCACAUUGUCUAGAUCUUCCGGCCUAAAAAUUAGAAUAUCUACAAGGCGCAUCGUGUCCCACCUGAUGGAAAAGUUCGAAUGUGGUGAACGUGCCAUUUUGGCAUGUGCUUGUGGACUUAGCCAUAGUAGCCUCGUACCUAAUGUUGGCGUGUGUCGUGUUGCAUGUCUUUCAUCCACGCCAUGCUUUUUAUCGACUUUUUCAAUAUUGUUUCUUAUAAUUAGAGUUUGUGAUGGUAAGGAUUGUGAAAUAAAUGUUUUGCUCCGUGCAAAUA